CUCAGUGUCAGGGGUGAGAGGGGAAAGGUCGUCAGCAACAUGGCUGCUCCCCAUGAUGACAUGUUUUCCUUCUGCGUGGACCCCGGCAAAGUCUCUGCCUGCGUGGAUGUGAGAUUUAUAGACAAUAUCAAGGGCAAGGGUCUCUUCGCCAAAAAGAGCAUCAAGAAGGGUGAUACCAUUUUUCUGGAGCGGCCUCUGGUCUCUGCCCAGUUCCUGUGGAAUUCUUUGUACAAAUAUAGAGCCUGUGAGUACUGCUUACGUGCUCUGGAGACUGCAGAGGAGAAUGCGAGGAGACUCAGCGGCAUCCCAGGACUCAGCCUUCCUAACCCUGAGCUCUGCCGGGUUCGACCGGAGAAGCACCAAGCCUGCCCUCAGUGCCAGGUGAUGUACUGUAGCAGUGAGUGCCGACAAGCUGCAUCAGAUCAGUACCAUCGGGUUCUGUGUUUGGGUCCCUCUCAGGAAGAUCCAGACCACCCCAUCAACAAGCUCAAAGAUGCAUGGAGGAGUAUGCAUUAUCCUCCGGAGACCUCCAGCAUCAUGCUGAUGGCCAGAAUGGUAGCAAUCGUCAAACAGGCCAAAGACAAAGCGCACUGGCAGAAGCUGUUUUCACACUUCUGCAGUCGGACAGGUAAUGAGGAAGAGGAGAUCGCCCAUAAGCUCCUAGGAGAGAAAUUCAGGGGGCAGCUGGCCUUGUUACACAGCUUUUUCAAAGCAGCACUAUACGAUGACCAUCUGAGUCGGUGGUUUACCCCAGAGGGAUUCCGCUCUCUGUUCGCUCUUGUGGGAACCAAUGGACAAGGAAUUGGCACCAGCUCCUUGAGUCAGUGGGUUCAUGCCUGCGAUGCAGUUGCGCUUCCUGCCCAGCAGAAGGAGCAAUUGGACUCUUUUAUCGACCAGAUGUACAAGGACAUUGAGAAAGAAACGGGAGACUUUCUAAACUGUGAGGGCUCUGGACUCUUUCUGCUCCAAAGCUCAUGUAACCACAGCUGCAUACCCAACACAGAGGCCUCCUUUCCCGAUAACAAUUUCCUGCUUCAGCUCAGCGCCCUUAAUGACAUCAACCCAGGAGAGGAGAUCUGCAUCAGUUAUUUGGACUGCUGUCAGCGGGACCGAAGCCGCCAUAGCAGACAUAAAACUCUGAGGGAGAACUACCUGUUUGUCUGCUCAUGUCCAAAGUGCGUCUCCCAGAUGGAUGAGCUGGACAUGACAUCAGAGGAGGAAGAGGAAGAAGAAGGCGAGGCAGAAGGCGAAACAGAGGGGGAUGAGAUAGAAGAUGAGAUGACCGAUGUCUGAUGAAUGACUUGCCAAUAUUAUUCUCAGCCGCUCCCUUUCCGGUCUGAAGCCCUGAGGAAUAAAAAAAAACAGUUCAAACCACAAUCUGUGUUUCACCACGACUGUCAAAUGUGUGCUAUUAUCACCACAUUUAACACUUUGUCAAUUGUGCGAUCUGCCCCAGAAAGAUGUAAAUCAGUAUAUGGGCAGGGAUAGGUUUAUUGUUGUUGCUGAGGGGUCAAAUAAAAACAACACUAUCACUUUCAACUAUCUGGGUUAUGGGUUGAACAGUUUGACUGGUAGGCGUUUGUUAAUCCAAUGUGCAUGCAAGCACCUUGUUAAAACUACAUUCAUUAACAAUAAUUCAGUCAAUUUCUGAACCCUUUAACCAGAAAGGGUGCCUUACAGUAGAACAGCUUUUUUCUGAACCCUGCGGAUGUUGAGAAUCAAUCAAAAACAGUUAAGUAGUUGGGCCAAAAAAACAAACAAAACAACAGGCUGAAAGACUCAAAAGAGCUCCGAAGAGCUGAUGAAUGCUGCAGAGGCUUUUAAUUAGUGUCUGUAGCAUUCACUAAGGGUGAGUUUUAUUGUAUUAAAGUCCUAGUCCUAGAACAGCUUCAAGUUAAAGUCAGACCUUUAUCUUCACACUUAUUGUUGUUGUUUAUCCAUGUUCAUCUUUUGUGCUAGAGUGCAGGGGAAAACUAAACUGUCCUAAUACUUGUGUCUGACCUUCAGGUCCACUAAAGCAAACUUAGAAAACUGUCAUCCUUUCUUCUCCCUGACAACUCUUAAACAAGGCAAAGUGAUUAGGCGAAGGUCAAUCGGUUCUCAGGUGUUUUUCUCCACUUAAAAAGUUCCUUAUGUGACUAUGCAUUACUAUAUUGGAGAGGCUUUUUAUUUAUAUUCCAUUGUAAUUACAGUCUUGUCAUACGAGAGGCAUCCAGCCGGAGAAAUUUAGUUUGGUUUUCAUCCAAUGAUCUAUGAGGUUAAGUUUAACCUUACUUAAUGUAUUGUGGAGACCUUGAGCUUGAAAUUGCUUUGUCAGUAACUGUUUGGCCUGUAUUUCAAACCGCAGUUCCACAUGAGUGAGAUUGCAGCCGCCCACACAUGAAUCAAUAUUACAACAAUGACUGUAAUCACAAAUCCCAAUAAUUUCAGUAAAUUGACAAAGAUUGGAAAUAUUGAAUGACUAAUCCUAAUUUCCUCAAUUGGCAUUAAGUGCAGUGGUACAGGGGAAUGUGUAAGUUACAAAAGUAUGAUUUAAAUAUUAUAACAGGAGCAUAGCAGUUGUCAUUUUUACUACUCUGGCAUAAACCAUUGAAGUUG